AUGAAGAUGUUUAAAAAACUGGAGAUUACAAUUCCUUUCUUUGAAGCAUUGCAACAGAUGCCAUCCUAUGCAAAAUUUUUGAAGGAACUCCUUACAAAGAAAAGAAAAUACAUUGAGAAGGAGACCAUUGAAGUGCAAGGUAGUUGUAGUGCAAUCAUACAACAAUUGCCUCCUAAGUUUAAAGAUCCAGGGAGCUUCACUAUUCCAUGCACCAUAGGAGAGUUGGAAGUUGAAAGGGCACUGAUUAAUUUGGGAGCUAGCAUCAAUUUGAUGUCGCUUUCUGUGUUCAAAAGAAUUGAAGGUUUAGAACUUAAACCCACUAGAAUGGCACUUCAAUUGGCGGACAGAUCUCUUAAAUAUCCGUAUGGGGUAGUAGAAGAUGUGCUGAAUGGUAAUCUUAAAUUGAGAGUUCAAGAUGAAGAAGUGAAUUUUGAUGUAUUCAAAGCCAUGACACAUCCGAAAGAUGAUAAAGCAUGUUUUCAAUUUGAUGCACUUGAUGAAGUUUGUAUGGUGCAAGAAAGGAUGGUACGUUAUUCUUCUCCACUAGAGAAAACACUUAUUGAUGCUGGUGAAGACUUAAAUGAAGAAGAAGAGAAAUUGAUAGAUGAAUGUAUGAUGGACUUGGAGACAAUGAAGGAGAUUUCAGUGGAAGAUGCUAAGUUUGAGACGCUUGAUACUAAAGAAGAAGUCAAAGCAAAGAAGAUCUUUAUGGAAGAUGACUAUAGGCCGGGUGCUCAAUCACAGAGAAGACUAAAUCCUGUCAUGAAGGAGGUGGUUAGAAAAGAAGUAUUGAAGCGUUUGAAAGCUGGCAUUAUUUAUCCAAUCUCUGACAGUGAAUGGGAAAUUGAAUAA